UGCGGCACGAAUACGGAAUAUGAGUGAUACGCGCGAGCAAAUCCUGGACCAAAUCAAAGUGCAAGGCGAUCUCGUCCGUCAACUGAAGGCUGCGAAGGAGUCCAAGGAGAAGGUUUAAAGUUGCAUAAAGAUAGUUGUUGCCAAUUAAGGCACUCAGAGAAAAAGUUAUAUAAAAAUUUAAGAAAAUCAAGAAAAAAGAAAAACAAACACAUGUUGCGUUCAAUUGGCCGCCAGUGGCGCUGUAGUGCUGCGUUUCAGUGUGCAACGUUCCAGACGGCGCCCUCUGGCGGCGGGCGCGCCAGCUCCGCCGGCGUUCCAGCCUUGGAACAACAAAAACAACAUCAGAAACAACAACCAGAACAACAACAACAAGAACAAGAGCAACUGCAUCAGAUCGAUGAGGAGGUCGCUCGUCUGCUGGCCCUCAAGGCCAAGCUGGGCGGCGAUGCCCCGCCCACGAACCAGAAGUUCACACUGAAGACACCAAAGGGCACCAGGGACUAUGGCCCCCAGCAGAUGAUGCUGCGCCAAGGUGUCCUGGACAAGAUUGUGCAGGUGUUUAAGCGCCACGGCGGCGAGGCGAUCGACACGCCCGUUUUCGAGCUGAAGGAAGUGCUAACCGGCAAGUACGGCGAGGACUCCAAGCUGAUCUACGACCUAAAGGACCAGGGUGGCGAGAUCCUCUCGAUGCGGUACGAUCUGACCGUGCCUCUGGCCCGGUACCUAGCGAUGAACAAGAUCUCUAGCAUCAAGCGCUAUCACAUCGCCAAGGUGUAUCGCCGCGACAAUCCGGCAAUGACCAAGGGCCGAUAUAGGGAGUUCUAUCAGUGCGAUUUCGACAUUGCCGGCACCUACGAUCCCAUGCUGGCGGAUGCCGAGUGCGUCAAGAUUGUGGUGGAGAUACUGGACACUCUGGAUAUCGGAGAUUUCGUGAUAAAGCUGAAUCACCGCCAGCUGCUGGACGGCAUGUUCCAGGCAUGCGGAGUGCCGGCGGACAGUUUCCGUACCAUCUGCUCGGCAGUGGAUAAGUUGGACAAGUCGCCCUGGGCGGACGUUCGCAAGGAGAUGGUGGAGGAGAAGGGCCUGGAUGAGGCUGCGGCGGAUCGGAUUGGGGAGUACGUGCGACUGAGCGGCGGUUCAGAGCUGGUGGAGCAGCUGCUGUCCGAUGCCCAGCUUAAGGCUGUGCCCAAUGCGGUAAAGGGCCUGGAGGGCAUGCAGCUGCUCCUGAAGUACUGCUCGCUCUUUGGCCUGGACAAGCGCGUCCGGUUCGAUCUGAGUCUGGCCCGAGGUCUGGACUACUAUACUGGUGUUAUCUACGAGGGUGUGCUCCAGGGAGAGUCCGCUGCCGUGGGAUCGCCUGUGAAGACGUCACAACAAAAUGGCGAGCAGGCCAGUGAGCAGGCCACCGUGGGCUCCGUGGCUGGAGGCGGUCGCUACGACAAUCUCGUUGGGAUGUUCGAUCCACGCGGCAAGGCGGUGCCCUGUGUGGGCGUGUCCAUCGGCGUGGAGCGCAUUUUCUCGGUUCUGGAGGCGCGGGCGGCGGCCAGUGGUCUAAAGCUGCGCACCAGCGACGUCGAGGCCUAUGUGGCAUCCGCCCAUAAGGGUUUGCACGAGCAGCGACUGAAGGUUCUGAACCAGCUCUGGGAUGCUGGCAUCAAGGCGGAGCACUCUUACAAGCUAAACCCCAAGCUACUGGUGCAGCUGCAGCACUGUGAGGAGCACCAGAUCCCCCUGGUCGUGGUCCUUGGCGACGCAGAGCUGGCCCAGGGAUUGGUGAAGCUGCGUGAGGUGACCACGCGCCAGGAGACGAACGUCAAGCUGGAGGAGCUUCCCGCCGAGAUCCGGCGACGUCUGCAGACCGCCUAGGUCCUCGAUGAUUGAUAUUAGCCACAGAUACCGCUCCCGCUCCUAAUUUAUAAACCAUCCAGCAUCGAAGUUAUAUAUAUUUUUUUUUCCUAUUUGUACGUUUUGUAUUUUUUGGUGUCCUGGCCGGAGGCGCCGCGUGCUACUAUGCUUAGGUCUACAGUGUAACCAUAAUGAAUAAGUGCGGACAACUUAUACCAAAAUGAACGCUAAAAAGAAACAAAUAAACGCAGAAGCGACUCGCAUUUA